AUGAAGCUCGACGUGACCGCCAUGCGCUACCUGACUAAGGAGCACUUCCGCGUGCUGACGGCCAUCGAGAUGGGCAUGAAGAAUCACGAGGUGGUGCCCGUGGAGCUCAUCGCCAGCAUCGCCAAGCUGCGCCACGGCGGCGUGCAGAAAAUCCUGUCGCACCUGCUGCGCAACAAGCUCAUUGCGCACGACGGCAACGCGUACGAUGGCUUCCGCCUCACGUACAACGGAUACGACUACCUGGCGCUGCGCGUGUUCCUGCAGCGCGGCCACAUCGUCGGACUGGGACGCCAAAUCGGCGUCGGCAAGGAGUCGGACAUCUACUUGGCCACGCAGGAGGACGGCACGGAGGUCGCCAUCAAGUUCCACCGCCUUGGACGUACGUCGUUCCGCGCAGUUAAGUCCAAGCGUGACUACCUCAAGAACCGCAAGUCAGCCAGUUGGUUCUACAUGUCGCGCCUCUCGGCCAUGAAGGAGUACGCCUUCCUGAAGGCGCUGUACGACCGCGACUUCCCGACGCCGACGCCCAUUGACUGCAACCGCCACGCUAUCUGCAUGAGCCUCGUGGAGGGCUACACGCUAAACCAAGUGCGUCGUCUGGCCAACUCCAAGGACGCGUACGACACGGCCAUGUCGAUCGUUGUGCGACUGGCGGAGUAUGGACUGGUGCACUGUGACUUCAACGAGUUCAACAUCAUGAUCGGAGAAGAUGGCAAGAUCACCAUGAUCGAUUUCCCGCAGAUGAUUUCGACAUCGCACCCGAACGCUUCCGAGCUGUUCGAUCGUGAUGUUCACGGGCUGGUGAAGUUUUUUUCACGACUCCAAGCCGGUGCCUACACCCCUGAUCGUGUCCCGAAGCUGAAGGACAUUGUGGCGGACGAGAACGUCCGUCUGGAUGAAGAUGUGGAGGCUAGUGGCUACGGAAAGGAGUUCGGCGAACAAGUGCACGACCUCUCGAUUUUCUCAGCCCACCAGGUUGUUGACGACAGUGACAGCGACGAGGAUGACAGCGAAGAGGAAGGCGAGGGCGAGGAGGAAGACGCCGAAAACGAGCAGGUUCCCGAUCUUGUCCAGGGAGUUGAAGCUACGACUCUGGAUGGCGAGGGUGGUGAGUCUGGUGAUGACAACGAUGACGAAGGUGAAGAGGAGCAGGAUGCGUUCGCCGUUGAGAACGAGAUCAUCAAGCAGCGGGUGCAGCGCGACCGACAGGCACGUCAAAAGGCAGGUGGUAAGCGGCGGUCGCGCAACUCGGCCAAGUUGAGCAUUAAGGGCAAGCUCUACCACAAGAACGACUGGUAA